UUGCCGCGACGACAACAGCGACGGAACGGCGACGGAAUGCCGAGCAGUGAGUAAAAGGAAUUUGUCAGUCCUACUUUCAGCGUUCAUGUGUAACGGUUGUGUGGCAGUCUCCAGUGCAGUGAGUGGACGUUCGUUGAUGAAGGUUUGAAUUUGAACCACGCGAAUUCGGGUUUUGGAAGGGAUCUACAGGCGCGCAGAAGGCGGACCAUUUAAGAAAGUUUCGAGUUCGAUUCGUGUCGCGAUCUGCGGAUGCGGAUGUGUUGUUGUUGUGUUUCUUGAGAUUCUCGUCUCGUCGUUAGCUAAAAGGCGUACAAGAGAGAGUGGCGUGUCAACAGGGGAAGAAAGAAGUGUUGAUGAUCAGUUCGGUCCGGUGGACCUUAUCCCGUGUACUUGACUCAAGUCGGCGGGUGUAAAUUUUUGUGGUUUCGCUAAAAUAUCAAAGAAGCAAGGAGCAAAAGCAGGAGUGAAAGAAACCAGCGACUCCGAAGAAGUUGGUCGUUCGUGGCCGAGUGCCGCCGAGUAAAGUGAAACCUGUGUGCAUGUUCGAGUUGAUGGGCUUGAUGGAAUUGUAGAUUGUGUGGAUCUAGCCCGAAGAAGACAACUGCCAACGGGUCGUGGAAUAGCGGGGUGUUUGUGUGGUGUGCCUGGCCCUAAAGUGAGAGCGGGAAGAUUGCAACUUGUUCUGGAUAGCUUGGUGUCCUAAAAAGAGUUCAACAGGUUGGGAUUGAAUCAUAGACAGACAGCUGUGGAACAUUGGGCCGCUCAAAAGAAGAUCAAUCACUUGGAUACGAGUUCUUGACCGAAAGAAACCACCCUCGAAGACCAGCCGGAAGUAGUGUAACUUUUAUUCGCCAAAAUCACUAACGAAGAAAACUGUGUACUUAUGUGAAAGUUUUUCCAAGCUUCCGUUCAACAGAGGAUUAAACGACCGAGUCCAAACAUAGAAAAGAACAAUCAAAAUCGAAUAAAUCUCGUCGUUCCCGCCAGUGUUUGUAAGGUGUAAGGAAGUGGAAAGAAAGUUGCUUCUCGUCUCCUCUGAGAACGCAAGAACAUCACCACCCACGUUUUGCUGGGAAAAGUUACAGAAGAAAAAUCUUGGGAUAGUUCGCGAGUGGCGAGAGCGGAAGGAAAUUAAAACUAAACAAACCUGAUGAAGAAACGGAUUCUCACCCAAAGAUGCUUUGAGGAAUACUCUUGAAAGACCUCGUAACUGACCACCAUCGAAAGCAAAGCGCCCCCACCGAGAGCCAACAGGAACAAAUCGAGGAGAGCGUGCACACUCAAUCUUCGGUGCCAUAACCGCAUAAAUCAUUAGCAUGAGUUCCUACCGGCAAACGGUGCACCAGCAACGACGACCACAAGGGACCAUAUUUUACAUCCAGUGCAACGACAAUCACAUUGUCUGAAAAGCGGAGGAAUCACGGAGAAGAAAAACAACAUUUUUAGUGCAUUGUGAUUUAUUUCUAUCUACGGCGUAUAGUCGGAGUGUAAAUAGUUCAAGAUUUGAAGGUGGAACGCUUUCGGCCCGAAGAGCGGAGGAAAAGUUUAUUUCAGUGUGUUUUUGUCCAUGUUACCGUAAUCAUUAUUAUAGUUGUCUAUUCUGUUGAUAUUGUAAAUAAUCUGUGUUAUUUUGUUGGACGUGAUUUUUAACCGGAAAGUUUUGCACCAGUGCUAGUCUUCAUCGAGUGAUUUUUUUUUCUGUUAUUGAAUUCUAUCUGUCGCAACGCCAUCAGUGCAAAAGUAAAGCGAAGAAAUUAAUGAGAGAAGUUGUUCGCAAGUUUAUGAAAUAAGAAAAUUUUCUCAAUCGAUUCCACGAGCUGUCAACGAAUCGACACGCCUGUGACAUCAACCGAAUAGCAGCAACACCGAAGCAAAAUAAGCUCACUCAACACCGAAAUCACAAUGGAAACCGAGGAAAUUAUUAAGCUCGUCGACGGGAUCUAUAAGAACAUCCUCGAGAAAUUCAACCCUGGAGCGCGGCAGUUGAUCAGUGCCGGUAAGGCGUAUCUGAAGGCCCUGCACGGAGCCUCGGCAGCGUCCAAUCUGUUUAAUGAAGCCCUGGCCAAAAUUGCCGUCAAUGCCCAGCAAGGGGGAACCAUCGAUAUCGGUUCCGCCCUGAUGAACAUUGUCGGAGUGUACAAAGAAAUCCAGGACCAGCACAUGAACAUUCUGAAAGCUUUCUACGUGGACUUGCUGGUGCCGCUGGAGACCAAUCUGGAGAAAGACACCAAGGUGGUCCAGUUCGAGCAGAAGAAAUUCCUUCAGCAGCAUAAGCUUCGAUCGGAUGGAUACACCAAAGCGGCCACUACCAUGAAAAAAUACCGGAAGAAGAAUUCUAAAAGCUCACCGAAGGAUGCCGAGAAGGAGAUCAAAAGUAUUCAGACGUUCGAGGAAGAGAAACACAAGUUGGAUCAAUUCUGUGAACAGAGCUUGAAGAACGCCAUGACCCAGGAACGUCGACGAUACGGAUUUGUACUGGAACGACAAUGCUCGUUGGCGAAACACUGGAUGGCAUAUCAUCACUCGGGACACAUGAUCAUUGAAAAAUCCUUGGAUAAUUGGAACGAAGUUGCCGCUACCCGUGAAUUCUUGCCGCCAAAUGUCGAAAACAUGUUUACCACCAAACAGCUGAAGGACAUGGAUGAUGACGAGGACGAUGCGCAGUCGAUUGCUUCACAGCUGAGGAAAACCAGGUCAAUCGAUGCCUCUUGCUUGGACAUGAGAUCGCUUGGAGAUGUGGUGAACAGCUCGAUGAUGCAUAUGCCCCGUGCCAAAUCGGAGUUCAACUUGAACAACAACAGCAACACCAGUACUUUGGUCGGAGGAAUGAGCGGUGGACCUAGACAUUCGAUCAACGUUUCCGUCAUGUCUACUGGGGAUACGAACCAAUGGGAACGACCGACUGUCAAGGCUCUGUACGCGUAUUUGUCUUCCGGUGAGAAUCAGUUGAGCUUCUUGGAGGGCGACAAGAUCGCUCUGGUCGGUGAUCGCGCCAAGGGAUGGCAGUUCGGAGAGAAUCUGCGAACGCAGAAGUUCGGGUGGUUCCCGAUAGCGUACACGGAGAACGAGCGCGAGGAGAAGGAGAGCAUCAGCGAAUGGGUCAAAGCCCCACCUAGCGAGAUCGAAGUGGAAAAUACCCCGGACUCAUCGCUGGAAAGCACCUUGGUCGAUGAAUCGAUGCCGCCGCCGUUAAAAUCGAACAACUCGAACUCGUACCACGAUGAGGCAUCGCCAACGCGGAUGUUCGGCGACACCAUCCAGUACAGGCAGUCGAAGCAGUUCCGUCGACUGUCCCGUGGCGAGAAGCCACCCAAGCCGGGACCGCCACCGCAGCUUCCGGCACCCGUCCCGACACCGGUAGUGCCUAACUAUAGCAAACCCCAGGGGGUGCCUCAGUCGAACAGUUUUUCCUCGUCCGGUGGACCACCGAUGGUUGAGAAGCGCAAGACUCCGUCGGCCACGAUGAACUUUAACAAACCGCAAUCGGCCAACAAGCCGAAGGUUUCCCGGAAUGGAAUUGCCAGUGCCUCGCUGCAUAGCAGCAACGAUAGCGGAUUCUCGAACGAGCUGCAGCAGCAGCAGGAGCCGGAACUCUACUCGGACGACGAAACGGUGCACCGCGUUCCGAUCAGAUCAUCCCGUUCGGAGAAGAACCUCUCAUCGCCUCGAUCAACCGAUCGGGACCUGAGCGAACACCGCUCGCCACAUCCCUCACAUCGCUACAGGAACGGAGGCCCGGACGAUGACGACGACGACAUCUACGGUACGAUAGUCCCACCCCGUAGGCAGCAUCAGAAAAUGCGCCAGGCCAACAGUUUCGGCAACAUUGCCGAGAGUAACUCCGGCACGCUGGAGUACGGGUACCGUUCGCGCACUCGCAUGUCCGAGGGCAACGCCAACCAGAGCGAUUCGCAGAAGAUUAAGCGAACCAAGUCGUUCUGGAAGUUCUCUAAGUCGCAGGAUCACAUCAUGGAAGGUAUGGCCAUGUGGAAGCAUAACGACGUGAUCCCGACCAGCCGGGAGAAACGCGAGAUGGAGAAGAAGGAAGCCACGCUAAAAAGAAACAUGCGCAAGAAGGAACAGAUGGAGAAGCAAAAGCAGCGGGAAAUGAUCAUGGCAAAGGAAGCCGAGGAAGCUCGUAAGAAGGAGAUGAUGCGCAACGUCGAGAGCAGCACACUGAUGAGAAAUCGCGAAAGGGAACGUGAGAAUGAAAGAGAGCGCGAGUGGGAACGAGAGAGGGAAAGGGAACAGGAGCGAGAGUAUCGCGAGCGCGAACAGGAAAGGGAAAUGCAGCAAAGACCGCACAGCAUCGCAAUGAUGCCGGAGCAGGCAAAGUUCCCCAUCACAAAGUCGGACAUAGAUAAGAGGAUUUCAAAGCUGGAUGAGAUGAACCAACAACAACAGCAGCAGCAACAACAGCAACAGAAGAAGAUCAGUCAAUCUAAGCAGGAUAGGGAUCGACAGGAAAGGCAGGAUCGUCAGGAUCGGCAUGAACGACAGGAUCGGCAGGAUCGGCAGGAUCGACAGGAUCGGCAGGAUCGGCAAGAACGGCACGAUAGAGGCGAUAGACAAGAUCGUCAGGAAAGAAGCGAAAGACAAGAUCGUCAUGAAAGACAGGACAGACAAGAGAAGGAUCGUCGAAUGCAAGAGUCGGAUAGAAAGGCAUCAAAAUCCAAUAAGAACGAUACGAACAAUAACAGAAGCGGUUACAACGAUCGUUUGGACCAGGAUGAGCAAAUCUACGGAGAUUCGAUGCAAGCUAAAGGUAAAGAAAAGUACCGAACGAAGGAGCGAGAGAACAGUAAGAACCGAAACAACGAUGCUCUGAACAAAUACUAUCAGGAUCAGCACUUCGAUGAUUUUGCGAUAAUCCCGAGCGAUUCGAUCAUGAUUCAGGACACGAGUUUCUACGACGACGAUGGUAUGAUGGACGAUAUGAUGUUGAUGAAGACGGUCCGCCGUAAGGAAAUUCUGAAGCAGUACUACUCAAGCGGAACUGAUACAGAAAGAAAUUCUUCGAGUUCCGAUCCGUACGACUGUAUCGUGGUAGAUGAUCAUCUGGUUUCCGCAGCUGAUAUGAUGAUGAGGAAGAACCGAGAAAGGAUGCGUGUGGGAAGAAAGUCCAACGGUGAUGCGAAUCGUAGUGAUUCCAAGAAGCAGCAGCAACAACAGCAACAAGAGGAAAAGAUGACGUUUUCGACUUUCCGCGGGACAACCGUUGACGACGAAGAUGCGAUGAUGAUGAUGGAUGAAGAGAUGAUUGAAGAGCCAUCGCGGGAUCGCCGGUCAAAGCUGUCGAAAACGAACAGCAGUGGACAGAUGAUGGAUUCGUUGAAGUAUGAAUCCGAACAGGAAUCGAGAAUCAGUGCCAAGGUGAACGCUAACGGAAAUCAGAAGCGUAAAUCGACAAAAUCUUCCGUCCCGGAUGGCAAAGCCUACGGUCCGUGGUACGAUCUGUGGGGAUCAGAAUCUCCGAUGCCAAGUCAGAAGUGAACAUAACUUUGAACUCCAAAAAUGCCAACACAAACUUCAAUGCACGCUUAAAGCAUUUCACGCAUACACACAUGCACGCACCCACACUCAAAUAACCCGAGGUUUAUCAAUCUUUAUCGCUGGCGUAAAGAUUGAAGUUAAUCCCAUACAGCAAUAGCAAAAGUAAUAGCUUUUCUUCGCAGUCGCAAAAGCAGGACAACAGUGGUUCAAUGAAUCGUACAAAGUAAUUUCAUACAAAAGACUUGGAUGCAGACCUACAGAAAAGUGAAAAUUCUUCUUGAUUUUAGUUUUCUAAAUUGAACAUGAACGCUCAAUUUAUACACAUUUUUUUAGGUUAGGAUCUACCAUUCGUUCAAUAAGUAUCGUAGUAGCUCUACUGAAUUCUAAUUUUUCACUUCAAGUUGAGACGGAAGAAUUUUAUUAAAAAUAACUUAAUAAUAAUAACUCAGAAGAACAUAACUUUAAAUUAUUCGGAUACACAUCGACCAGCGAAGUUUUGGUGCUCAAUAAAUAGUAUUAACGUUAAAAUAUUUCAAAAAUGAUGAUUAACUUUUUCGGCUAAGGACUUUUUUCCCAUGUAAUGUUCCCUCGUUAACAGUUUUAUAAUCAUCAUAAGCAAUUUGUUCAAAACAUCGUAUACCCUCAACAGUUUUUCUUUAUAAUAAACAACGACCUACUUAUGUUUUGAAAACAUUUUUAAUGUUAAUCGGUGGUUUGCGUUGUCUGUAUUGAAUUAUAGUCAGUAUUUUUAGGGUCUACUUUUCAACGGGUCGCGCCCGCCAAAAAAGACACACAUCCAACAUAUGCUAGUUUUACCAGUACCACCUUAGAACCGUUAGCGUUAGCUUAGGACCUUAAGCAAUCAUACGUUUUACCAUGGAAAUUAAUAAAUAAUUGUAACUGUACGGAAGAAAUUUGAUAUGUGCCAAUUUUGAAAGAGGAAUCCAAUAAUGUCGACAGGGUUGGUAGGGAGAAGAGAGUUGCGUUUGAUCGAUCCAGUGUCGAUCACCACGAGUCGGGCGUACCGGUACGCAGC